GUUCCUAGCUGACACGCAACUUCUGUUGACAUCUGCCGGUGGGCCAGUCAGUCACACGCGUCUCACAGUCCAUUCUACAAGGCGCCUUUGAAGGAAUAAGCUGGAGAAGCAGUGUAUGGAUACAAGCAUCCAAGAAAAAUGUCUCCUCCACGGCUCACAGGCGCACUACGCUCCUUCUCUAGUGUCAGCAAGAAGGAGGACUUCACUGGACAGCUCUAUGAUCUGAAGACCAAGCGACUGAAGAGACGGGAGCUGUUUGCCAGAGAGGGUCUGACGUGGCAGAAGAUUGUCCAUUUCUGCUCUGAGCAUCAGGACAAAGCUAAACAGCAAGCUGCUAGUCAAGAACUGAAGAGCCUCCUUCUAGCAGCCAAGGAAAUAGUGGGGACUGAACAUGGUCAGGCAGCCAUUGAAAGUGCUGCUGUCUUUCUGUUUGAGACUUUCCACAACAAAGACCAUGUGGGCACAGAGGAGACCCGGGCUAUUAAACAGAUGUUUGGCCCCUUUCCAUCAUCAGCAGUUGAAGCCUCCUGUGUCUGUGUGGCUCAGCUGGUGGCCCCACUCGGAGACUCCAGAGUUGAGAGUUUUAUCCAGAACCUGUGCUCCCGACAAAACCCUGAACGAGGCUCAACUUUUGGGCGCAACAUUGCUUUCUCCCAUGACUGCUAUGCACUGGAUCCACUGGAGGACCUGCCCUGCUCUGGCCUCCAGGAGGAGAAUGUGAGUCUGGACUUCAUCAACUUUCUUAACAACCAGCAGAGCAGGAUGAAGGUCAACAAUGAGGAAGAGGUGUCCAGCUCAGGAAGAUCUCUAAAUUCUGGGGAUGGAGCCAUCCUUAGAGCAGAAGUGGAGAAAUAUCUGAAUGGAGGCAACAUGAUCUCAUCCAGCCCAGAGGAGCUCUGCACCUCCCUGUUUGAAAUGCUGGCCUCCCACAAGAGCGACGAUGAGCUGCAGAAUGAGCUGUUCGAGCUGCUGGGCCCAGAGGGGCUGGAGAUGAUCUCCACCCUCCUCCAGCGAAGGGUGUCCAUCGUCGACUCCCUCCUCACCAUCCCACCUGACAGGACUGGCCACCCACCAGAUGUGAGCUGGAAAGUCAGUGGAGAAGGGAUCAAGCCCGCCUAUGGGUGCCAGGUGACCAUCCAGUCAGAGCAAGAGAAACAGAUGAUGAAGAUGUACCGCAGGGAGGAGAAGAGAGAGAGGAAGAGAGGCAAAGGAAUAGAUGACAGCGACUCUUCAGAUCCUGUCAUGACCUUUGACCACAGAGAGAUGAGGACUCAGCGGGAGCAGGCUCUGCUGACUGCACGACGUGAACCUGUACUGAGCAGAGAAAGAGUGUAUGAACGCAUUCGCUACCCCAAUGUCUAUGACAGCUAUGCAGAGGCCACAAAGAUGCCUUCGUUUGUUGGAGGAGCCAAGCUGCUGCUCCCCGAGGGAAUCCGCCGAGAAAACAUUAAGAUGUAUGAAGAGGUGGAGAUCCCACCCAACGAGCCCAUGCCUAUCGGCUUUGAAGAGAAGCCUGUCUACAUCUCUGAACUAGAUGAGAUCGCGCAGUUGGUGUUUAAGGGGAUGAAACGUCUGAACAGGAUCCAGUCCAUGGUGUUUGAGACAGCCUACAACACCAACGAAAACCUGCUCAUCUGUGCUCCAACUGGCGCCGGCAAGACCAACAUUGCCAUGCUGACCGUUCUUCACGAGAUCCACCAGCACCUGCAGCCUGGUGGCGUCAUCAAGAAGGAUGAGUUCAAGAUAGUCUAUGUGGCUCCUAUGAAGGCCUUGGCAGCUGAGAUGACUAAUUACUUCAGUAAGCGAUUGGAGCCACUGGGCAUCACUGUUAAAGAGCUCACUGGGGACAUGCAGCUAACCAAAGGAGAGAUCCUACGAACACAGAUGUUGGUGACGACUCCAGAGAAGUGGGAUGUUGUUACCAGGAAGAGUGUUGGAGAUGUGGCUCUCUCCCAGAUUGUGCGUCUCCUAAUCUUGGAUGAAGUUCACCUUCUCCAUGAAGACCGAGGACCAGUAUUGGAGAGCCUGGUGGCCAGGACCAUCAGACAGGUGGAAUCCACCCAGAGCAUGAUCAGGAUCCUGGGACUAUCAGCCACACUGCCCAACUAUCUGGAUGUUGCUGCCUUCCUUCAUGUCAACCCGUAUAUUGGCCUCUUUUACUUUGACAGUCGAUUCAGACCAGUGCCCCUUGGACAGACCUUUGUUGGCAUCAAAUCAACUAAUAAGAGCCAGCAGAUUCAUGACAUGGAGGAAGUUUGUUACAACAAAGUUUUGGAGCAGGUUAAAGCCGGUCAUCAGGUGAUGGUGUUUGUCCACGCUCGUAAUGCCACAGUGAGGACGGCCAUGGGGCUGAUCGAGAUGGCAAAGAACCACGGAGAAACAUGCUUCUUUCAACCGGACCAGGGUCCAGACUAUGGCCAGUGUGAGAAACAGAUCCAGCGCUCCAGAAACAAGCAGAUGAAGGAGAUGUUCCCAGAAGGCUUUGGGAUCCAUCAUGCUGGCAUGCUGCGGUCUGACCGCAGCAUGAUGGAGAGCAUGUUCUCCAAAGGCCAUCUCAAGGUUCUCGUCUGUACUGCCACCCUGGCUUGGGGAGUGAACCUGCCGGCCCACGCAGUCAUCAUCAAGGGUACUCAAAUCUAUGAUGCCAAGCGUGGUACCCUGGUGGAUCUGGGUAUCCUGGAUGUUAUGCAGAUUUUCGGGCGUGCAGGUCGCCCCCAGUUUGACAAGUAUGGUGAGGGCACUAUCAUCACCACCCAUGACAAACUGAGCCACUACUUGACCCUGCUCACCCAGCAAAACCCCAUCGAGAGUCAGUUCCUCGACAGCCUGGCAGACAACCUCAAUGCUGAGAUUGCUCUGGGGACAGUCACCAAUGUGGAGGAGGCAGUAAAGUGGCUCAGUUACACUUACCUCUAUGUUCGCAUGAGGGCCAACCCAUUGGCCUAUGGUAUCAACCACAAGGCCUAUCAGAUGGAUCCUGGCUUGGAGCUCUACAGGAAGGAGCUUGUGGUUGAGUCCGGCAGAAAGUUGGAUAAGGCCAGGAUGAUCCGCUUCGAGGAGCGCACUGGCUACUAUGCCUGCACUGACUUGGGCAGGACUGCCAGCCACUUCUACAUCAGAUACAACACCAUAGAGACUUUCAAUGAACUUUUCAACUCUCAGCGAACCGAAGCUGACAUCCUCAGUAUUGUGUCCAAGGCUGAAGAGUUUGAACAGCUUAAGGUUCGUGAUGAGGAGAUGGAGGAGCUGGAACAGUUGCUGUGUAACUACUGUGAGCUGCCGGCUGCAGGCGGGGUCGAGAACGGCUAUGGCAAGAUCAAUGUUUUACUUCAGACAUACAUCAGCCGAGGAGAGGUGGACAGCUUCUCCCUCAUCUCAGACCUGUCCUAUGUGGCCCAGAACGCUGCUCGGAUCGUGAGGGCUUUGUUUGAGAUCGCUCUGAGGAAGCGGUGGCCGGCCAUGACGUAUCGACUGCUCACCCUCUGUAAGGUGAUUGACAAGCGACUGUGGGGCUUCGCUCACCCUCUGCGCCAGUUCACCAACCUAAGCAACAUUGUACUGAACCGCUUGGAGGAGAAGAAGCUCACUGUGGACAAACUGAAGGAAAUGAGGAAGGAUGAGAUCGGUCACAUGCUGCACCAUGUCAACAUCGGGCAAACAGUCAAACAGUGUGCCCACCAGAUCCCCUCCAUCACAAUGGAGGCCAACAUUCAGCCAAUCACACGCACUGUCCUACGAGUUCGUCUCAUCGUCACGCCUGACUUUCGCUGGAAUGAUCAGGCCCAUGGUUCAGUGGGUGAGCCAUGGUGGUUAUGGGUGGAGGAUCCCAUCAACGAUCACAUCUACCACUCUGAGUACUUUCUGCUGCAGAAGAAACAGGUGGUAACAGGAGAGCCUCAGCACAUAGUGUUCACCAUCCCCAUCUUUGAGCCAUUGCCCUCCCAGUACUACAUCAAGGCAGUGUCUGACCGCUGGCUCGGGGCCGAGGCCGUCUGCAUCAUUAACUUCCAGAACCUCAUCUUACCCGAGAGACACCCCCCACACACUGAGCUGCUGGACCUACAGCCGUUGCCGGUGAGAGCACUGGGUAACCCGGAGUAUGAGAGCCUGUACAAGUUCACUCACUUCAACCCCAUCCAGACUCAGAUCUUCCACACGCUGUAUCACACCGACACUAACGUCCUGCUGGGGGCGCCAACGGGCUCUGGAAAAACCAUUGCAGCAGAAAUGGCCAUGUUCCGGGUCUUCAACAAGUAUCCAGGCUCUAAGGUGGUGUAUAUUGCCCCCCUGAAAGCCCUGGUCAGAGAGAGGAUUGAGGACUGGAAGAUCAGGAUUGAGGAGAAAUUGGGGAAGAAAGUGGUGGAACUGACGGGUGACGUGACUCCAGACAUGAGAGCCAUAGCACAGGCUGACCUCAUCGUCACCACACCAGAGAAGUGGGAUGGAGUGAGCAGAAGCUGGCAGAACAGAAGCUACGUUCAGAAAGUAGCUAUUCUCAUCAUCGAUGAGAUCCACCUGCUUGGUGAGGACAGAGGUCCAGUGUUGGAGGUCAUUGUUUCCAGGACCAAUUUCAUCUCCUCUCACACUUCUAAGACUGUCCGCGUAGUCGGUCUGUCCACAGCUCUGGCAAAUGCUCGAGACCUGGCUGACUGGCUGGGAAUCGCACAGGUGGGUUUGUUUAACUUCCGUCCGUCUGUUCGACCUGUACCGCUGGAAGUUCACAUCCAUGGUUUCCCAGGACAACACUACUGCCCCCGCAUGGCCAGCAUGAACAAGCCAACCUUCCAAGCGAUACGCAGCCACUCACCGGCCAAGCCCGUGCUGAUUUUUGUCUCAUCAAGACGGCAAACUCGACUGACCGCCCUGGACCUCAUCGCCUACCUGGCCACAGAGGACAACCCCAAACAGUGGCUGCACCAGGACGAAAGAGAGAUAGAGGACAUCAUCGGCACAGUAAGGGAUUCCAACCUGAAGCUAACGCUGGCCUUUGGGAUCGGCAUGCAUCACGCAGGCCUUCAUGAGAGAGACAGGAAGACUGUGGAGGAGCUGUUUGUCAACUGUAAGAUACAGGUUCUGAUUGCCACCAGCACUCUGGCUUGGGGGGUGAACUUCCCCGCUCACCUGGUGGUCGUUAAGGGAACUGAAUACUACGAUGGCAAAUCCCGGCGCUACGUGGACUACCCCAUUACAGAUGUUCUGCAGAUGAUGGGGCGGGCAGGUCGGCCUCAGUUUGAUGACCAGGGCAAAGCAGUUAUCCUCGUCCAUGACAUCAAGAAAGAUUUCUACAAGAAGUUUCUCUAUGAGCCUUUCCCUGUUGAGUCCAGCCUCCUCACUGUGUUGUCGGACCAUCUGAAUGCAGAGAUCGCUGCUGGAACCAUCGCAUCCAAACAGGACGCAAUGGACUACAUCACCUGGACGUAUUUCUUCAGGCGGCUGGUGAUGAACCCCAGUUAUUACAACCUAGAAGACAUCAGCCAUGAGUCCAUCAACAAAUACCUGUCCAACCUGGUGGAGAGAAGCCUGCGGGACCUGGAGUGUUCCUACUGCAUAGAGAUAAAAGAGGAUGGUCAGACCAUUGAGCCGCUGACUUAUGGUCGCAUUGCCUCCUAUUACUACUUGAAGCAUCAGACCGUCCGCACGUUUAAAGAUGGUCUGAGAGCUGAGCUGCCCGUCCAUGAGCUGCUCUCCAUUCUGACGGAUGCGGAGGAGUUUGCAGAGCUGCCCGUCAGACACAAUGAGGACCAGCUGAAUAGCCAGCUGGCUCAGCAGCUACCCCUGCAGGUCAACCCCCACUCCUAUGACAGUGCCCACACCAAGACCCACCUGCUGCUCCAGGCCCACUUCAGCCAUGCCACACUGCCGUGCAGUGACUACAACACUGAUACCAAGACGGUACUGGACAACACCAUCAGAGUCUGUCAGGCAAUGCUGGAUGUAGCUGCCAAUGAAGGCUGGCUCGUUGCAGCCAUCGGCAUCUGCAACCUGGUACAGAUGAUCGUCCAGGGUCGCUGGCUGCACGACUCGUCGUUACUGACGUUGCCACAUGUAGAACAACAGGACCUCUAUCUGUUCAGGAAAUGGACAAACAGGAAGGGGAGGAGCAAUGUGGGGGAAUUCAGCAGGCCAAUUGAAGGACUUCCAGAGCUCAUUGCUGCCUGCAACGGAAAGGAAAAUGUUUUCGCUGCAAUUGUUGGCCAAGAGUUUCACUCACAUCAGACUGCCCAGGCAUGGUUCUUCCUGAGUCAUCUCCCAGUGCUGGAGGUACAGAUGAGUGUGAAGGGCUGGUGGGAGGCGAGCCAGGAGCAGACUGAGCGUCGCCUGCCAGCAGCAGGAGGAAACCUCAAGGAGGAGCGCUGCUGGCUGGAUGUCCAUGCUGACCAGGAGUACGUCCUCCAGGUGUCACUGAGACGCAUCAACAUGGGCCAGCAGAGGAGGAAGCAAGACAGUAAGGCCCAGGCUCCCAGGUUCCCCAAGGCCAAGGAUGAAGGCUGGUUCCUGGUCCUGGGAGAGGUGGACCGCAGGGAGUUGCUGGCUGUCAAACGGGUUGGAUACGUGCGACACCACACAGCCGUGUCUGUGGCCUUCUACACACCAGAGAAGACUGGAAAGUGUAUCUACACACUGUACCUGAUGAGUGACAGCUAUCUUGGUCUUGACCAGCAGUACGACAUCCACCUGAAUGUGACACCUGCCAGCAUCACGGCUCAGGUCAACACAGAGGUGUCUGACUCAGUGAGCAGCCUGUCCGUCAGCUGAGGACCGCUGACGCAACAAGUCAAUGAUCAGCAGAUGAUGUGAUGAAUCUGGAGCACAAAUUAUGUGUUAUAGGAUGUUUUCUGGCACCUUCAUGCUGUUGUGUCACUGACCUGUGACGAUCAGCCAAUGACAGGUUGCCAGUUUUUAUCAGCUUCUCUUAUCUACUUCUGCUUCAGUUCAUAAUUUCUAUCACUGGCAGUGACCUUAGCCUCUCACGUCUAUAUUGCAUUCUGGUCAGCUGAAGCUACUGUUUUUGUUUUUGUAUACAUUUGUAUGGAUAUGGAUUUGUCAGAUUAUUCAACAUCAAUGUGAAAUUGGGUGGUGUAGAAGAGUAUAAGUUGAUUAUUUCAAAAGGAAAGUUUUAGUUCACUCAAAAUAUAUUUUAUGUUUUUUAUUUGAUUGAUUCAACCAAAUUUAACGCUGAUUUAAAUCACGAAGUGUGCUGCACUUCUGGCCUCACCUCAAUCAGUGAGUCAUUUAUUCUUUGACGAGUGGUGCAAAAUACCAUCAAUGAUACAGUUAUAGAGUUAGAGUUAUGUCCAGUUUCUGAAGGUUUCAAAGUCUGUUUUUCUAAAACAAAUACAACAUAACAUUCUUUUGCAAAAAGGAUGCAACCAGUCCUCAGUAUCUGAAAAUCCCAUGAAAGCUGGUCACUUUUGUCAGUGAGAAUAAAGGCCUCUGUAUGCUCAGCACACACUUUCACACAGUCUCUCCUUGUAGCCAUCGAUUGUGUGGCACUUGGUUGUACACACAAAACUGAAAGAAGUAGCUCUGUGAAUAAUGAAAAUAAAAAGAGCUUCAGACAGCAGUUGCUGUGUAGAAAUAUGUCUAAAACCCCCUUUACCCUGAUGCUGCCACUGGAAAGAGGGUUUCAGACACUGUUACUGUAUAUGAUCCAAGUUUCAGAAAUGAUGGUACAUUGUGGGAGAAGGUUCAGCUUCUAGCCCUCCAAAGAGCAGACUUCUAUCAGCUACAUCCAUUCCAGAAGGAGAAAGAGCUUAUGCCAGUGAAACAUUCACUUCCAUUUAUAAUGCCACCAUAGUUUGUCUGGACAAAGUUCCACAACAUCUACUUAAGAAUAUGUAACAGAGGCUACUAUAGAGUUAUUUAAAAUAAAUAUUCAUGUGACAAUAAAAUACACAAGUUGGCAAUAUAGUCAAUAAACUUUCACUAUAGUGUGUUUCCGAUCUAUGCUUUCAAAUCACAAACCUCUCUGCUGCCGUUAGACAGUUAGUCUACCUUUGCUUCCACUGGGGCUUCACCAGCAUUUCUCUGACACUACAGGCGGAAAAUAUAUAUCCAAACUUGAGAUGUGUUCAGAAAAGAAACAUGCCUUACAGAUUUAACUUGACAGAGAAUAAUACAGCAGCAAUUGCAGUUAUGUAUGACUCGGCGUUCUGUUGUUAGCCUGACCAAAUAUGAAUGAAUGGUUGCAAUGUAUGAAAAAGAUAAACUUGCGUUUUAGGGAUUUCUUUAAAAAAAACACACAAAAAAACAAGAGAAGACAGAAAUAGAAUUAGACCCCCACAUACAUCCAUGAACUAAACCAACCUAUAACCACCACUGUGGCCUUAUGGGAGAAAGAACAAGGGGUGAAUGUUGCUGAUGGAUGAUAAUUGAAAUGGUAACAGCACCUCACCACAACACUAGUCAUAGUGUUAGGGGUGGUGUUAGGGUUUAGUAACACAAUAUGAUCAGAUAUAAUAACUGAUUUAGAAGGGGAUGUUUUUAAUUUAAUUUGAAUAGGCUAUGACAACAGAAAUAUGCAAUGGUUGAAAUUUUGAAGUGUGUUUCAGAGAGUUGGUCAACUGCUGGUAAAUCAUUUGAAUGUGUUCAUCAGAUUCUAAAUAAAAUAAAAUAAAUAUUAAAAUUAAAAAUGAACUUCUGAUCCUUCUUGUGGUUGUACAUCUCAGUUGUUGUCCAUAUUGAACAGUAUUCCUAAAGUUGGGCUGAGUAACAUCUCAGAUACAGGUUCCAACCGGCCAAGUAGUCCUGUAGAUGAACAUGGGCUGGACUUAGAAAAAAAUGUCCCUACAUAUUUUUAAACUUUCCAAUAAUGUA